AUUGGCGUUUUGAGCAGUGUAUCGGUCGGUAGUAUGUCAUUUUCUCAAGAGACUGGAACUUUUUAGCUGCACGAGUUGACAGUUUCAAACAAGAGCUUUUAGAUAGAGGCUAAUAUAAACAUAACAACGGUUGUUUUCGCGCAUGCGCACAUACCCAUGUAUGUUGUCGGAGGCAAACACUGCGCGGCACUGGGGGAAUCAAUGGAGAAAUGGCUGAAGCUGUCUUGCCCUGUCAACAAAUGGCAUAUUUAAAAUAUUGUUGUUUGUGAUAGCCUUUUAGCUUGCAGAACGACCAGUCUAACAGCAAGCCUGGCAGACAGCUAGCUAAUACUAGUAGAUGCUCGAAACGUCAAGCUAGCUGCAGCACUGUUGACACCAUCAUGGCACACUGGAGCACCUUCGAAAAGGAGACAGAGAGAGAAACGAAGAAGUUGAUUAGAUGUAUCAGCGGGGUAGAUGAUGAGGAGGACCAGAAUUUCCAGCUGGCACUGAAAUUCGCCUGGUCAAAUUUUAGGUUUCAUCGUUACCUGGACGUAGACAGCCAUAAAGUCCAACGCAGUAUAAGUGGAAUCUAUGAAAAGCUCAUGGUUCACUCUGACUUGAGUAAAGCAGGAAGCUGGAUGAGGCUGACUGAAGAGUUCCUGAACUCACCGUUACCCAAUACAGAUGGAACAAAGACUGAUGUACACUACAGCAUACUCUCACUGCUGCUCUUCUUGUCGGGGUCCCCCUCAAACACAAACUUUACUGAGAGACCCAGGGUGAAGGAGGCUGAACCAGAGGACAACUUUGACUGGGGUAGAUAUCUGAUGGAGGGUGAGGACAUAGACAUUGGACCAUACCCAGAUACCCCUGAGUGGUCAGAGGAAGAGAGUGAGGAUGAUGACAGUCAACAGCCAAUCAGUAGGGAGGACUCUGGAAUCCAGUUGGACAGAACCCCCCAGGAGGACCAGGACCACACCAACAAAACCGUUCCAGUCACAUGGACAGUGGGUGAGCCUGACGCCCGGGCCUGGCUUGAACAGCAUGUAGUGACACCGUACUGGGUGGCACACGCUCCUCGUUUUCCUCACAGCUUGCAUCUACACUCCAACUUGCUCAACGUGUGGGAUCAGCAUUUGUAUAACACUGAUCCAUUGUAUCUACCAGAAGAAAAGGCCUUUGUCACAGAGACCCAAGUAAUACGGGAGACACUGUGGCUUCUGUCUGGAGUGAAGAAACACUUUAUAUUCCAACACCAUGAUGGAAAAGUGUCAGUAAGGAAUAACGUGGUGGUAACUCAUCUAACCAGUAACUGUCUGCGAUCUGUGCUGGAGCAUAUCGCUGUGUACGGGCAGGCGGUGUUCAGGCUGCAGAGGUUCAUAGACGAGGUGACGGGGUACAGCUCGGAGCCUUGCCCACCAAGCUCCGGUUCCUCCUACAGCUCCAAGAAGGGCUCCGAGCCUCCCUUCAGGACCUACCAGGCCUUUGUGUGGGCACUCAACAAGUACUUUACCAGCUUCAAAGAGGAGCUGACCACAAUUGAGAAAGAGCUCAUAUGCAAUGAUGAGACUGUGACCCUGUCUGCUGUUCUGGAACGACUCAGCCCUCACUUAGCACAGAUCAAAGUGCUGCACAAAGUCUUCUGCACUGGAGUCGCUGAAGUCCCCCCUGAGACUCCUAAUGUUGUGCGGGCGUCGCACUUGCUCAACACCCUGUAUAAAGCUAUUAUUGAGUAUGACAGUGUCGGGGAAGCGUCAGAGCAAGCGGUGGCUCUGUUAUUUUCUCUAUGGACAGAGACAGUCAGACCAUAUUUGGAGAUCGUAGAUGAAUGGAUUGUUCACGGCCACCUCUUUGACCCUGCCAAAGAGUUCAUCAUCCAAAGGAACAAAGAUGUCCCAGUGAACCACAGGGACUUCUGGUACGCCACCUACACGCUGUACAGCGUGUCGGAGACGGUGGAGAACGAGGAGAAGCUGAACGACGCAGCCAGUGGGAGCUCCGGAGGGGAUCAGGCCUCGAGCAACAGGCAGCUCACAAUGGUGUCCUUCCUCAAACCUGUCCUCAAGCAGAUUAUCAUGGCAGGGAAGUCCAUGCAGCUGCUCAGAAAUCUGGACUGUAAGGAGACUGAGCAGUCAGCGAGAUCCUCGAGAGAUGCCGAGAGGAAGAGUUUAUACACACUGUUUCUAGAGUCAGUGCAGUCACGCCUGUGCAGCCAAGAGGAAUCUCCGACAGACACAGUGACUGAACAGCAAGCCACAAAGAGGAGUCUCAUAAAGAUGCAGUCCAUCAUGGCUCAGCAUCUGGAGAUCGAUGACGUCCAUGAUCCGCUGCUUGCCAUCAACUUCGCCAGGCUCUACUUGGAGCAGAGUGACUUCCAUGAGCGUUUCUCCGGAGGUGAUUUUAUCGUGGACCGCUCCUCUCAGUCGGUCACCUGCCAGACAUUUGAGCUCACCCUGCGCUCCUGCCUCUACCCCCACAUCGAGAGGAGGUACAUCGAGUGCUGCGGGAACCUGAUGAAGACCCUGAAAAAAGACUACAAGCUGCUGGAAUACCUCCAAGCCAUGAGGAACUACUUCCUGUUGGAAGCCGGAGACACCAUGUAUGACUUUUACACAGCCAUCUUUGACAAGGUGCAGGAAAAGGAGAGCUGGCAGCAGCUGUCUUUUCUCAAUGUGCAGCUGCAGGAGGCAGUGGGACAGCGCUACCCAGAGGACAGCAGCAGGUUAUCAAUCUUCUUGGAGAGCAUCGACCCUUCCAGGAAAAAACAUCCUGUGAAUAACCUCGAAGUGCUUACUCUCAGUUACAAGGUUCCCUGGCCUGUUGACAUUGUGAUCAGCACUGAGUGUCAGAAAAUCUACAACCAAGUGUUUCUCCUCCUGCUGCAGAUCAAAUGGGCCAAAUACAGUUUAGACACACUUCGGUUCAACGAUUUCACUGCCAUCACUAAGAAACUGGAGGGAGCUCUGGCUGAGGAGGCAAAGGCCAAAGAGCCUAUAAAUCAGCAGAUUCACCGAAUGUGUCUGCUGCGGGUUAAACUGAUGCACUUUGUCAACAGCCUUCACAACUAUAUUAUGACCAGGAUUCUGCACAGCACAGGACUGGAGUUUCAGCACCAAGUACAGGAAGCUAAGGACCUGGACCAGCUGAUCAAGAUCCAUUAUAGAUAUUUAGCAACUAUCCAUGACCGGUGCCUGCUGAGGGAGAAGGUCAGUUUUGUGAAGGAGGCAAUAAUGAAGGUUCUCAAUCUGGUCCUGAUCUUCUCUGACCGAUGGCAAGCUGGAUUUGGAGCCUGGAAGAUUGAGUCCAUUGAUAAAAUGGAGUCAGAUUUCAAAAACUGUCACAUGUUCCUCGUGACAAUACUCAAUAAGGCUGUAUGUCGUGGCUCCUUCCCUCACUUGGAGUCUCUUGCUCUCUCUCUGAUGGCAGGAUUUGAACAGUGCUGAGGAACCAUCCACAUUUUCCUUGUUUUGGUGUGAUGGGCCAAACUCCACUGUUUGGUCCUCUGUCUCAUUACUGUCUAUUCUUUGACUGCUGCCAUUAUUCAUGAUGAUGUGCAACAUAUGAUGUCACUGUCUGACUGUUGGAGAUGGACUUGGACGAUGUGGUGUGUGUCUUCUAAGGGCCAUAGUCAAACAAGCUACCUGUGAACAAACAUCAGCUUCUGUAUUUAAAAAAAUGUCAACUUUUUGUAAAGGUUUUUUAUGAGCUGUUAUAUUGAUUGUUAAUAAUGUGUAAAUAUGAAUCACAAUAAAUGUUGCACAAUGA